AUGCACAGGCAUGCGCACCACCAUGCACGCAAUGCGGAGGUACUAGACGAACGAGGAGUCGUCGAGGAGCGAGGCGAUGUUGUGAUCGUGUACAAGACCAUAGAACCAGAUUUUGAGGGAGAAGUGGGAGGCUACGUAACCGGCUACCAACCCGACACUGCGACAAAAGUGCAUGCGGGUCUCGGUGAUCCUGUCAGCGCGUCUGCAAAGACAACCGAGAAGGAAGAGACCACAACCAAGACGAAGGAGCAACCGACUACAACCAAAGAAACGGUGGCCCACACGACUCAUAAAACUGAAGAGGAGACUACCAAGGCUGAAACAACCCACAAGAAAGCAACCACUACUAGUGAGUCGGAGGCUGCUAUCACAACCUCUUCCUUUGUGACUUCAGCAUCGUCUACCUCGCAGUCCUCCCAGGAUGUCAACAGUCUCCUGGCAACCUCCACCGGAUCGCCCAAGGACUCUGUCCCCUCAGCCUCGGCCACUGCUAUUCCGACUACUGCUUCUGAGGGCAUGACUGGUGGCGCCAAGGCUGGUGUGGCUAUCGGUGUUAUCUUGGGCGUUGGUCUGAUCGCUGGCCUGAUUUUCUUCUUUAUGCGGAAGAAGAAGAGAAGUCAGGAGGGAUAUCAGAAGGAGAAUGAGAAGACCUUCGGUGGUGAAGGCCUGCCGGAGGGUGCCGCUGCUUCUCUCCCACCUCCCCCUCCUUCCAAAUCGCAGACUUCGACUCCACCGCAGCUUAAUGUUCGACCCGUCACUCAAUUUGCGCCUGAUCUGACCGGCGGUGGUGCCUUGAACCCGACCACCGCUGGUGGCUCUGGAGGUUUAACCCCGGCCACUGCUGUAGUUGCAGGUGCUGCAGUAGGUGCUGCAGCUGGAGCAGGGACUGGAGCUGGAGCAGGGGCUGGAGCUGGCUCGGCCGCGGCCGCCUCUCGUAAUCUCACUGGCGAAUCACCGCCUCCUACUCCGCCAAAGUCCGCUGCAAGCGACGCCAACCCGUUCAGUGACCCUGUAAAUCCUUUCAACGCAACCGUUAGCCCUGUUGCUCAAAACGCACCUUCAGUUCCCGAAGCAGCCACUGGACCGUCUGGAUCGACCGUCGCAGCUGCGACGGUCGGUGCCGCGGCCGUGGGUGCUGCAACAGGUGCUGUUGCUUCAUCUCGAGCAUCCAAUGAUUCUUAUCACUCCGCCCAAUCACACGGCCAUUCCCCCAGUGGCUCGACCCAAUCCGCAACCAUGCCUGGCUCGGCUGCUGCUGGCUCGGCUGCUGCUGUCGGCGCUGGCGUUGCAGGAGCUGUUGGUGCAGCGGGCGCCAUGCCUGCUGGCCCACCGCCCCCUAACAAUGUUUACCGUGUGCAAAUGGAUUUCAAUCCCUCAAUGGAGGAUGAGCUUGGACUUCGCGCAGGAGCGCUUGUGCGUUUGGUUCAUGAGUACGACGAUGGAUGGGCCCUCUGCAUGCGCCUCAAUGGCCCCCAGCAAGGUGUCGCCCCACGCUCUUGUCUCUCGGCUCGCCCUGUGAUGCCUCGCGCCCGCCCGCCCCCUGGCCCUCAUGGCUCUCGCGGCCCACCCAUCAUGGGCCCUGACGGUCGCCCAAUGAUGCCUGGAGGUCCUCCAGGCCCGAGGUUCUAUCCUCAGGAUUCCCGCCCGAGGUCCCCCGGUAAUGCUGGCGUCUCUGGGCCGCCGCCUUCUCGCCCUUACCCCGGCCCCGGAUCUGCCGUCCAAUUCCCACCUGUCCCCCGGUCCAUGUCUCCUGGGCCGGGAGGAAUGCCUCGCUCUAUGUCCCCUGGACCAGGGGGACGACCUGGCCCUCGUUCAAUGUCCCCUGGACCUGGAGGUAUGCCUGGCCCUCGCUCAAUGUCUCCUGGUCCUGGGGGACGACCUGGCCCUCGUUCAAUGUCCCCUGGACCUGGAGGAAUGCCUGGCCCUCGCUCGAUGUCUCCCGGACCUCGCGGAAUGCCUGGACCUCGUUCAAUGUCACCCGGCCCCGGAGGAAUGCCUCGCUCCAUGUCUCCUGGGCCCCGGCCCGGCCCACGCUCAAUGAGCCCGGGUCCAUAUGGAGCUCCCGGAAUGCAGCGUCCUGUGAUGCCUGUCAACCAGCGUCAGCGCAGCAAUAGUGCUGGCGGCAAUGCCGCUCCUGCUAUAGCGGCACCAGCUGCGCCUCAAGUUUCUAGCCCCUUGGCCGCCCCCGCUCCUGCUGCACCACAAGUUUCAAGUCCAUUAGCCGCUCCUGAUGCUGCCCCUGUCACUCCCUCUGCGCCACAAGUUUCGAGCCCCUUAGCUGCCACUGCUCCGGUCCAUACUCCGGCCCCUGCUCCUGCUCCUGUCCCUGCUUCUGCUCCUGCUCCCGCUUCUGCCUCAGUUCCGGCUUCGACUCCCGCUGUGCCGGAAGUUUCGAGCCCUCCAGCCGCUCCUACUCCUGCUCCUACCAGCGAGCUUCCCGCCCUUCCAAGUUCCUUGCCGACUUCUCCGUCAGGCUCGAUCUCGCGAAAGCCCGUCCCCACUCGGGACGCUUAA